UUGCAUUUCAAGUUUCAUCGACCUAAAGAAUAGUUUCUUUGCUCCUUGGUGACACAUAGAAACAAGAGAAGCUCAUCAGCUGUUUGCCGGUUUGAAGUUGUGAAAGCUUCAUUGUUAAGACAUGGCUUUUCAAUUGAGAUUAUUAUCAAGUGAAUCAGAAAUGUUUAUAAUUUGUUUUUUGUAUAAUUUUAUUUAAUUAUUGAAUGUUCUAAUAAUUAAUCAAAUCUAUUUAUCGUGAAGUUCAUUCCAGUAAAUCAAACGACUAUUCAUGGAAUUAUUCUUGUGCCAUAAGUUCAAUUUGUGUGUUCUUUUAACUUUCUCGCCAAACCUAAUUUAAUUAUUGUGAUUUACAAUCAAGUGGUAGUAUAUUCAUUUGCAACCAUAAUCAAAAUCUAAAUCUAGUUUGAAUUAUGCUAUUUUAGAUGCGUGCUCCGAUGAUAAGUUUUUCACCAGAGACUGCUUCUCUAUAUGAUGAUCAAGUCUCAUUUAAUUCUUAUAAUCAUUAUUUUAAGCGUUUUUCUAUUGUUAGUACAACUUAUCGUCUUACAAUCAGUUGUUAGUAAGAACCAAAUUGUGAUUAACCAUAUCUGGGAAUCAUUGCAUAAGGUAACCUCCCUUGCUGUUAAUUAUGGAAUACCUUUGUUCCUCAUCGAUGGUAAACUAUGCAAAAGAAUAUUUGAUAAGAAGUCAACAUCGUUGUCAUCUUCUUCAAUGUCUAUAUCACCACACCAAAUUGAUCAAAAUUACUGCUUGUUCAUGUGUAAUAAUCAAGAUGUUACACACCUUGGAACUCUUGGAGAAUUUAUUGACCAUCGAAAGAUAGCUAAGCUUGUACAAGCAUUACAACAGGAAGGUUAUGUUGUACUGCAAUUCAUCGAUUUGGAUCCAACUCUACUUCAUCAUGAGUUGAAAGUGACGAUUCCGUUACAUUUAAUUAUAUUCAAAGAAGGUGCCAAACAGAAGAAAAGUCAUGUCACUCAUGUUGCCAUUUUAUAUGAACGCCUUAAUAAAUAUUGGUGGUCGUCAGCUUUUUCACCUACCGAUUAUGAGAAGCGAUUGAUGCUGAGACAAGGAGCCCGCAAAGCUGACUUCGUAAAUUCAGAUCAUGCUGUAAUUUAUGAUAAAGUAGAGAUUAUCAAUACCGUCAUUGAUGGUUUGGUACUAGGACUACCAAAACAACCACAAACCUUUUAUCGGCCAGUCCAAGAUAUGCCAUUUAUCGAAUGUAACAAAAGUCAAGCUAAAAAAUUUUAUGCGACUCAUGGGUCUAACCUUUUUCGAAAUGAACAACUCGAACCACACCGUACUCAUGUGAAAAAAUUACUUACUAUUGUUAAAACGGUCCUUGAUGAUCUUGGGAUACCUUUUUGGCUCAGCAGUGGUACAGCUCUUGGUUGGUUUCGUCAGUGUGAUGUGAUUCCAUAUUCUGGCGAUGUUGACAUAGGCAUUUGGAUAAAAGAUUUUAGACCAGAAAUGAUUGACCACUUUUAUAUGAACAAUUUACCUUUACUUCAUGUUUUUGGAAAAUUUGAAGAUAGUUAUGAGCUUUCAUUUCGCCAUGGUAACAUCAAAUUGGAUGUUUUUUUCUUCUACGUUGAAACUGGUCAUGUAUGGAAUGGCGGUACUCAAGCCAAAACUGGACUCAAAUUUAAAUAUAUAUUUCCCAAGUUCAAUUUAUGUUGGACAGAAUUUUUAGAUCUGCUUGUUAGAGUUCCAUGUGAUACUGAAGUUUAUAUUGAGGCUAAUUAUGGUUCCAACUGGUCUAUUCCUAUCGAAAAAUGGGAUUGGAAAUCAAGUCCGUCUAAUGUUCAUCCUAAUGGUCGGUGGCCUCUAGAAGAAUGGUCAAAAGUUAUUCAAUUAACACCCACAGCAGAUAGUAUUUAAACGAAAAUAAAAAAACUUCGCAAAUCAUAAUGGCAACGGUGAAAACAUAUUGCGAAAAUUUAUCAUGACCAAUGUAUUUAUGCUUUUGGUGCUAAAACUCAAUAUUGAUUCGAAAACUGGAAGUUUCGUUCAUUUAUACUCAGUCCUCCAGAUUUUGACCACAAAACCAUUUAACUUGCUUCACGGAUUGAAAUCGACUAACUAAACAAUCUUUGUUUUAAUUUAA